GAAUCCAAGAACACUUCACACAAGUCAUUCAACUAUACCUUUAUAUCGAUUCAAUUAACUAUCUAGACACUGUAACUAAAAUCAAAGUAGCUGGUCUAUUCUACAUUUUACAAUCCAUACUGGUAAGUACACAUUCUAGUCCAAAUACUCACAACCAUAUUAGAUCGCAACACAAAAAGAUAUAGAUAUAUAUAAACAAAGCACGAAAAUGAAUAUCAAACAUGUCCCCAAGAAGACCCCGGUCUCACCCGACAUUCCCUCAUUCGGUGUCGAAUUCGAAUUCCUCAUCGCGGUUCUCGCUAAACCCUCCAUCGAAAACCCCAACCCCUCCGAUCCACGAACCGUCUAUUUCCCCUCCACCCCCGAAGAUAACGCACCAUCCUACUUUCAAAUCCCCGUCGGAAAAGAAGACUGGGCCAACGAAUGGUCCAUCUACGCACACAUCAAACGCAGUCUCGCUUCCAUCGGUCUCCCCACCGAACCCAGAAAAGCCAAUUCCAACUUUGCCAUGUGGGAAGUGACUGCGGACGGCUCUAUCAAGGGCCCCGCACCCCCUUCUCGUCGCAACAAAAAAGCCUACGCCGAUUGGCAAGCCUACACCUAUUGGCCUAUCGAAAUCCGCACUCCCGCCUACUACUACAAUGAAGAUGCCCUCCGCGACAUCUCCGACUUCUGCGCCAUCAUGCGCAAAAACUAUCUCGUCACCGUCAACGAAUCAUGCGGUCUGCACGUCCACAUCGGCUACGGAACACAGGGGUUCACCCUCCCGCAUCUCCGUCGUCUGGGCGCCAUCAUCGAGGCCUUCGAGCCGCAAUUCGAUUCCAUCCAUCCCGAGCACCGUAUCGAUUCCCGUAACGCGCAUUGUGUUUCGUUCCGCCAGAAUACGUAUUUCCAGUAUCAGUAUCGACAGGAUCAUGGACGCGCUCCGCGCGUGUUGGAAACGAUCGCGACGCUGCUGGCGUAUGAGAGUAGAGAUGCCUUUCGCACGUGUGUCGCGAGUGAGGCGACGACGGGUUCGUAUGCGUUUGUGGGAGAGACGACGGCGUGGAAUUUCGAUCGCAUGGGUACGGAGAGUAAGCGUCGCCCAGAGCACGUGCCGGAUACGAUUGAGUUUCGCGGGCAUGAGGGGUCGUUGGAUGCGGAGGCGGUCGGGAAUUGGGUGAGGACUUUGGUGGGGGUUGUGGAGUAUACGAGGAGCGUUAAUGCGUGGGGUUUUGGAGAGUUGCUUUUGAGGGCGAGGGAGGAGAGCUGGGAAUUGGGGGCGAGGGAUCAGAGGGUCACGGGUCAGGGAAGAUAUGAACCUGGUGGGGUUAUGUAUAGACCUGUUUUUGGAGAAGAGUGGUGUGGCUUGGUUGAUUUACUUAGAGUUUUGAAAAUCAAUGGCCCGGCACUCUACUAUGAAAGCAGGAAAGGUAGGUGGUUGGAAAACGGAGUUUACAAUCAUUGGUAUAAGCAUGCUCCGAGUGAGUAUGUUGUUCAGCCUAUUCACGAGGACCCUGAACCCAGCAAUGAUGAUGAAUCUUUACCACCUUCCUCAAAACCUUCUUCGGAUUCUGAAUCUGGUCUUUUCGAUCCGUUCAAUCCUAAUCCUAUUCCGGUCACACCUGGGAACCCGGUCGAGGAACCAGAAGGUGAGAAGACAACACCUGUUGAUCUUACGAACUUGGAUAUCGAUACCGGAUUCUCCGAUCAUUCCUCCUCGCCCACCAAAAAGGUAAGUGCUCCCAAGCCCUCAGUAAAGCCAUAUAUCGCGGUUCCAUAUCCCGAUACUCCAGAAACUAAACCUAAACCAACUCCGCGUACCGGAUUCAAGGUCCCUUCAUCUUCUUCUUCCUCUUCAACUACCAAUUCUAGCACCAAAUCAGUUUCCCUCACUUCAUCUCACUACGAACGUGAAGCCGUGAAGGCUCGCGCGAUUGCAGCGAAAUUCUGGGAUGGAGAACGGAAGAGAGAGAAAGACGAGGCGGAGAAAGAGGUAGCAAAGAGAGGAAAAGCAGUUGAAGAAAAGACAGAAAAAAAUAGAAAGAAGAGCAGCAUGGAUCUCGGCAGCGAGCGAGUCAUGAGCACAAGAAGCGCAGCAUCAGCCUCAGCCGUCGAGUUUACAGACACGGGAGCAAGAGAAGAAGAAGACGUAUGGGAGCCUCAAGGAUGGAAAGGAGCAGAUUCAGACGCGAUAAGCGAAGAGACGAAAGUAUUCGCAGAAGCCAAGAGACUCUCCGAAGAACAAGCAGAACUCGAAGAAAGAAUCCGCAAUCUAAGACCCGGUAUUGGUUACCUCCAUGCUGUUCGUCAUCCUCCUCUUCGGCCUCUCCCCGGCCCGGUCAAAUAUACCCAUCGCGCCCCAAAUCAACACUCGCAUCUCCUUCAAGGUACUACUCCCGCUGAAAUCGAAGCCCUCGCCCCCAACACCUCCAAUUUCCUCGGCCGUCCCUUCCACCGCGCAUUCCGCGCACCCUCCACCCCCUGGCUCGAACACGCCCCAUCAGGAAGCGGCAUGAAUCCCCGCCGAAUGCCCUACCCCGGCCCCGUCCCCAUCAUCGAAGAAAGUCGGAUCACCAUGCUCGAGGACGCACUCAACAGCACCAUCGGCGAAGAAUGGAUCUGGGACCACGGACUCCGCACUCGUUCCGCCGGCCUCCAACACAUGCUCCGCGGCCGCCAACUUUACGAAGUUUCCCCCACCAUCAAAGCCCGCCUCCUAGCAUACAACGAUCUCAUCAUCAAUCAUCAUUCUCACGGCCGCUCGAUACAUCAACUUUUCCCCGCACGUGCCCACAACGUCACACAAUUCGAAGCGGCGGAUGAUCGCUGGUGGCGCGGCCAAAUCGCAGAAUCGGAGAUAGUAAGAUUGGAACGCCAGGCUGCAGAUAGCGAUGAGAAUGCUGCGCUCAAUGCACUCGAAACACUCGACUCCAUGCGCCGAGGCGAACAAUAUUUCUACCAACCUGUCGGUGUGCAGAAUCCAUUUGCGAGCGGCCCCAGAACACAGGCUCAGAUCGAAGAGGAUAUAAGUCCUGGUGCCGAUGCACCUAUUGCUGUUCCGGGACCUGAUAAUUCUACUCCUGCUUCUUCUGCUGUUCCUGCGGGACCUCGAAAUCCGCGCACGGAGGAAAGAAAUCAUUUUAGGAAGGUUCAGGAAGAUGCAUGUCGAGCGACGCGGGAAUUGGAGGAGGCGGAGGAGGCGGCUGCGAAGGAUGAGAUGGAGAAAUAUGAGGCGGAGAUGAAGAGGAGGAUGGAAGUUGCUAUGGCGAUGAUUUUGAAGGCGAGAGAGGAGGCUGCGGCUACGGAAGAGGAGGACGAGGAGGAGAAUGGGGAUGAAGAAGAGGAGGAGGAUGAUGAAGAAGAGGAGGAGAAAGAUUCGACUAUAGUGGCACCGGAGCCGCAGGACAGUUGGGAAAAGGAUGAUGAGGGAGGGUUUGGGACGGUUUAGGUAGGUGAGAGAGGUAUGUUUAUUUCUUAUGUCUAUCUGUCUGUCUGUUUAUCCGUACUUUGAAUUUCUUUACAUCGAAAUCUGUUCAUCUAAUUUCCUUGCCCUCGAUUCCCUCACAAUAAUAAAUAAUUUCUAUUAAUCA